CUGAACUACGUAAUUGCUAGCUUGAAACAUGUGACUUGAAUUUAGUAUUCUAGAUACGUUGAUAUCGAUUGAUAGUUCUGUUAUUCGAUAUAUAAAGUAUCAAUGAUUGUGAUAAGCAAUAGAAAAACCAAGUUCGCUUAUCGUACUCUCUUAUCGUGCUCGAAACACCUGCAACGUUAUUCGGUUUAACAUUUUGGUUUUGAUAGUGAAGAUCGAUGGUUCAUUUGUGUUUGUGGCCGCUUAUUAUACAGCAGCCCACCAAAAAGACAGUCCUAAUAGGGAUCCCACGACCCAUCAUUUUUUAAUUUGUUUGAGGUAGAUGAUUUGAAUGUACUUGAUGAUCUCUAUAACAAACUUCAGACUGAAUUUCUACAUAAAACUCAAUUGUUAACAAACAUUCGACAACAAAAUGCUGAAAUGAAAUGUGAACUUAACUCAAGCAAGUACUUUUUGUCAGAGCUAGAGCAGUUACAAAAUGAUGGUCAAGUGAAAACAAAAAAUCUACGGGAUAUCAUUGAAGCUAAGCAAGGCGAACUACAGAAAAUUCAUACACAACAGAUUGAAGAUUUGGUCUUAUUUGAAAAUAAUGUCCAGAAGAUAACUGAAAAAUUCAAGAACGCUCCAAAAGAAUAUGAAUCGAAUAGCCUAAUGGAAAAAGUUGUGGAGGUACAAACAGAGUUGGACCAUAAAAUAGCAGAGAUCACCAAAUAUAAACAGGACCUACAAGCAGUUGAAGAUAAAUUCAAAGAGCCGCCUCAGGUUGACCAGAACUGCCAAAGUCUUUCUCUGAAAGUGUUUGAAAACAGUAUCAAAGACAUUGACACUUUAAAUGAAAAGUUGUCAAACUCCCUGGAACAGCUGAGUAACCAAGUAAAUAAUGGAUUGCGUUAUGAAAUAAGUAAUCUCAAUAUACACGAAGACCAUAAAAUUUAAUUUUCCAUUUCAUGUAAGAGAUUCUAUUCUAUUCUUGUGUUAGUUUUCUAUUUUAAUUAAUAAGAUUAAAUUUGAUGUUAAUUUUAUAUUAAAACUCACCUGUUAUACGGA